AAUGCUAGAAAGGUGGAACUCAAGGACUGGGACAGAUAUUUGUGGGCAGGAGGUGAAAGAGCCAUUCCAAGCUGGUAGUUUGCAGCUGAGGAGCAACCCAGAGCAAUGUCGCUGGCCGGGGUGAGCUGUCUGGUGACAGGAGCAGGAGGGUUUCUCGGCCGGAGGAUUGUCCGCUUGCUGCUGGAAGAAGAGGAGCCACUGGCUGAGAUCCGACUGCUGGACAAAGCUUUUAGCACUGAAGCCCUCAGGAGCUUCGGAAAUUUCCAGGGCAAGACAGAGGUGAAAAUCCUGGAAGGAGAUAUCCGAGAUGUGACAUUCCUGCACGCUGCCUGCCAGGGGGUCUCCCUUGUCAUCCACACAGCCUCCAUCAUUGACACCUUGGGGCUCAUAGAGAAGCAGCUGCUCUGGGAAGUCAACGUAAUAGGUACUCAGCUCCUGCUGGAGGCAUGUACCCGUUGUAACGUCCAGCACUUCAUAUACACCAGCACUAUAGAAGUAGCAGGCCCAAACUGCAGAGGUGACCCAGUUUUCAAUGGUGAUGAAGAUACAGUUUAUGAGAGUAUAUCAAAAUCUCCUUAUGCCCAAAGUAAGAGACUGGCAGAGGAUUCUGUGCUGAAGGCCGAUGGCCAGCUGUUAAAGGAUGGUGGUGUGCUGCUGACAUGUGCCCUGAGAUCCAUGUACAUUUUUGGAGAAGGAUGUCCAUUUCUUCAGGGUCAUCUGGAUAAGAGUCUACUGAACAAAAACAUCUACCUACGUUUCUCCAGGAAGGAGGCUUUGGUGAACCCCGUGUACGUGGGAAACAUCGCCUGGGCACAUGUACAGGCAGCCAAAGCCCUGCAGGUCCCGCAGAAAGCCAAGCACAUCAGGGGGCAGUUCUACUACAUCUCUGAUGACACUCCUCAUGUGAGCUACGCUGAUCUGAAUUACGAGCUGACUAAGGACCUGGGAUUUGGAAUUGAGCCCCGGCUCCCCAUGCCGCUGACAGUGCUGUAUUACUUCUCACUGCUGCUGGAGAUAGUGAGCUUCUUGCUCAGGCCCUUUGUCAGAUACAUCCCCUCUACCAACCGCCACCUGGUCACUCUGCUGAACACCCCAUUCACCUUCUCUUACAGCAAGGCACAGAAGGAUUUUGGCUACGUGCCCCGCUACACAUGGGAGGAGGCCAAGCAGUGCACAAGUCAGUGGAUUGCCUCCAUAGUCCCGCAGAGAAGGGAGUAUUUGAAAAACAAGGCAGCCUAGGUCUUGGUUGGAGUUGACACCUGGCUAAACAAGCAGGCUGACAAGCUGGAGGAAAGCUAGGAGAACAGAAGCAGAAGCAAACUGAAAAGUAUUUAAAUGGAGAAUUUGGGUAACAUUCCACCAUACCCGCCAAAAAAUAGAAUAAAUGUGAAAUGUUCACAUUUUUGUGGAGAACAGGCUAAUCGGGUUUACAUUACUGUAUAGCUCACAUCCACCUUGACAUCUUGCAUGGCAUGAACACAUUAUUUUAAUAAGACUCCACAGUUUAAAUACAUCAGCCCUUCUUUUUACUCCACUCCACUUCUGGAAAAGCAAUCAUGGCACAAUUUUUCCUAGAACUAUGACUAUACUGUAUAAAAAAGUAUGAAUAAGCUGACUUGUUCUUAAGUCAUUGAACUCUUACGAGCAUUACUGAACACCCGGCAUGCAGAAGCCACAUGGUUGAAAAUGGUG